AUGCCUUCAGAGGUAUCUGACCAGGAGAUCGAGAGGGAGAUAAAUACCUUGAGGAAUCUUCGACGAAGAUCUAUAACAUCUGCUGGACCAGGGGAAUUACCAUUAGAUCCAGACCUACCACCUCCAUCACCUAGUUCUCGACCUGAAUCAUCCGGUUCAUUAUACGAUACCAAUGACGAUAUCACCUUAUCUACACCUGAUGGACUGAGCGGUGAAGAUGCAGGUCUGUUCUGGGUCCCAGCACAUUUGCAUCCUGAACUUGCUCCGGGAGAGUUUCGAGCAUUCUUAAAAUCGCAUACUCAUCCUGAUCCGACGCAUGCCGAUGCCGCUGAAGCUGCUGAAGCGCCCGGACUGAGUAGAAGUCCGAGUUGGUUAUCUCGUAAUCCCAGUCGAAGAGGAUCAGAGGGGUUGGGUAGGAAAAGAUCAAUGUUGAGUAGACAAUAUCAACCUAAACCAGGAGAUAAUGUUGAAAACGAAGCUCCACCUUUACCUACCAGAAGACCGGCGAGUAUAUAUGGUGGAAGAUCAGGUGAAAAGGGAUUGACAUUGAAUGAUCUACAGAAAUUAGAGGAAUUGGUGGAUGAGGCGGAUGAGGUGGAAGAUGAUCCGGAAGCGAUGAGGACUCUGUUGAGGAGGAGUUUGAGUAUGAAUGUUGCUCCUGGAUUCCUCCAAGAUGACAUACCUCAAGGCGGUGAUACCGAUGAUGCUCCCCUCAUACCUUCACGACCAGGAUCAAUUCUACGUCGUUCGGCACGUACCAAGAUCAGAGGGAAAGCAAGCUUAUCAGGUGAUGGAGGAGGACAUCGAUUCGCGGCUACGAGGAAAGGUAGAAUGACCGCUGCACCACAGCGAGAGUUACCCGUCUUUGAUGAUGAGUUCGAUUAUUCCGAUAGAGUUAAGAAAUCAAGUACGGGUACAACAUCUAGUAUGGGAGGUAGCGAUGAUUCACAUGGAAACGAAGAUAAGGAAGUAUUCCACGAUUCGGUACAACACUUAGAAGAAAGAAGAGGAUCGGAUGAAUCAACGGAUGAAGCUCACAUAUUCGAUGCGUACGCUAGAGAUUCAAGAUCCAGCUCGAUGUCAUCUUCUUCACGAGAUCAUUCCACUUCACCUAGUCCUGAACCUUCUCCUCCUGGGAAGAAGCUUUCUUUACCGCCCGUGAUAACGACUUCACCCUAUCAACAGGACGGAGAUUGGUUUGCGUCGGAACAUGAUCAUGAUAGAACGCCUACACAGGAGACUGUCAGAGAUCCUUUAGCUGGUGUGAGGAGAACCUCGCCUGGCGCAGAAAUGCAACUGGAAAGACCGGCUAUACCCUCUCUGGUCACCUCUGGACCUAAUUUACAAGUACCGGAAGAAACCUCGAUCACUUCACCUCAACAGCAUGCAUCCCAGUACGAUCUCCCACCAGGCAUGGCUCCCCCCGCGCAGCGCUCAUCUCUCCCACCUGGCAUGGCCUUGCAACAGCAGCAAGAGCAAAAACAGCAAGCGCAACCAGCGCCGCAGCCUGUCGAUCAAAAGAUGACGCCCGUGAAUAUCGAAACACCUAAUCUCGCUCGUACAGAUUCAGGAGUCUCGUCUGCAUCGUCGACUGUCAGCAAGGAGAAGGAAAAGCAGAAGAAAGGUGGAUUGUUCGGCAAAAAGGACAAGAAGGAUAAGGAUGGUAAGGGUAAGAAAGAUAAAGAUAGAUUUCUCGGAUCGUUAUUUGGAGGGAAGAAAAAGCAAGAAGAGAUAUCAUCAGUUGCCAACUUUUCGUCUGCUGGUCCUGCAGCAGCAGCUGCUCUGCUCGGUUCAUCCAAAUCAGCUAAAUCACUUGGAGUUCCCCCUUCUCCUUCGCCUACUUCACCUGGCUUCUCCAGCUACGCCCGGUAUCCUAUCCACGUAGAAAGGGCUGUUUACCGGCUGAGUCACAUCAAGCUUGCCAAUGCUAGAAGACCGUUGUACGAGCAGGUUUUGAUUUCCAAUCUCAUGUUCUGGUACCUUGGUGUGAUUGGUCGGAACGUUACCGAAGAGAAGAAGACAGCUUCGACCACUGAUCCCGAGAAAUCGAAAGAUGAAGUCAAAGCUCCGGUCAAAGGUACACCUCCCAAACCAGCUGAUUCAGGAUCGGCUGGGAAACCUUUGCCCCGGACCAACCCUGUCGAGUCUCCUGCUCCUACGCCUGCUCUUCCUCCAGUCGUUACCCCCGCUUCGACAAAAAAGAACAGUCUAUCUAAACCUGAGAGAGCGAGAGAUGGUAGAAAUAACGAAGCGCCGAUGCGUGCUCCUUCAUACGGUAUGCAGAAUGCUCAAGUCGACCAUGAGAUGCGAUCGCAGCCGGUCAAUAAACAAUCUCCACCACCUCGUCCGCCUUCGCAACAAUCGAUCCCUCCGCCUUCUCAAAACUACAGUCCUCACCAACAAUCUCCACGACCAUUACCACAAAAUGCUCCUCAAAGAGCAAUGUCUCAACCUCCACCCGCAGGACCUGGACCACGCUCACCCAUUGAAGGGUAUCAUCCUCAACAACAACACCGUCCCCCUGCCAACAUACGCGGUCCGCCAGGCGGUGUACCCCAAUCAUCCUUCGGUCCUCCACCUCAAAGUAAUGGCUCGCCCAUUCUCACUGGUCUAGAUGAGAGACGUGAUACUCGACAGAGAACAAUGUCGAACCCUACUCAUCCCCAUCCCUUACCGCCUCCUGGACCUAAUUCCGGCGGAAUGCGCAGAGUAGUGACUGAUGGUAGAGGUCCACCGGAGGGCCAAGGUCAAGGGCAGGUCCGACCAUUAUAUCCCCAACAUUCUGGACCUCAACCUGGUCAAAUAUUCCAUCAUCCAGGAUCGAACGGUGGACCCGCUUCGCCAUUCCCUCAACGACCCAACCCUACUUCACCUGGACCUCAACCUGGCCAAUUGUUCUCUCAACCUCAACCUGGACAGUUAUUCCAACAUCCCCCUCAGGGUCAGAGACCACCACCUCAACAUCAGGGAUAUGGCGGACCUGGUCCAGGUCAAAGACCUUUACCUCCUCCUGGAGGAUUACCUCCUCAGCAGCAGGGGAACUGGGAACCUCCUCAGAGAUUACCACCUGGUGCUGGAUCACCACAAGGAUACAACAAUCGACCACCACCCAAUGGAAUUGGAGCCAAUGGUCCAGGGUAUGAUCCAAGAAGAGGUCCACCAGGCCAACCUGGCCCAGGUCCACAACAACUGUAUAGCCCGCAACAGGCUUUCUACGGUCAACAUCCUCAUCCUCCACCGCCCAGACCUCAGAGUCAGCCGCAGGUGGGGCAGGUUUAUGGCUAUCAGGGUGGGGGGUAUGCACAUCAUCGGUAG